AGCCGGAGGAGCGCGGCCCGCGGCGGCGGUUCCCCGGCGGGCCGAGCCCCGGAGCGGGCCGGGAGCGGGCGGCGCGGGGCGGGGGAGCCCUCCGCCCGCUCCCCGUACUUACAGAGGGAAACGGGGAACUAUACGCGGCGCCCCGGCGCCCGCGGAGCCGGCGCGGGGAGCACCAUCUUUGUUGAGGGCUCCGCCGGAAGCCGCCGCCCGGCCGCGGGCCGCCCGGGGGAGCGCCGCCACCGGCCCCGCUGACGGCGAGGGCGGGGGGUGCCGCCAUGUCACUUGUGGGCAGCGGGGGCGGCGCGGCGGGGGGCGGGAGCGCGGGGCACCGCGGGGGCGGCUCUGUCCCGGAGCGGGGCGGGGGAGUCGUUGCCGAGGUGAACGAGAGCCGCGGGAAGGGAGCCGUCGCGACCCGGGAGCGGCGAUGCCGACUCCUGACGCGACGCGGUGCGCGGCCCGGCUCCGUUCGGACGCACCGCUCGGCCUCCCCGUUCCCCUCCGAGCGGCCCGCAGAGCGAAGAGCGUUCGCCCACGGGAGCCCGACCCCCCCCCCGCUCUCGGCCGUUCUAGUCACCAUGGAAGGAACUGUAUUGUGUUUAGAACCGAAGGGACCGAACCUGAGGACUUCCAGUACCACCCCACUGCCGUCCUGGCGGCUGCUUUCAGUGCAGACAAUGAGCCCACGUCUCAGCCCAGAAAAGGGACGCAAGCAGUUCGUUAGAUAGCUUGCAUUCCUUCUGCCAGUUGAGGCAACUGUGAUUAUUUAUUUUAUACUGUCCAAGAAUAUCUUAGAAAGUUAGCAAAACAUAUGGAUGUGCGCAGAGCAGCUCCGGUUCCCUCUCUAAUAAAUAGCAGCAGCCCCGUUGUCUUUAGCACAGCCAGCGCUGGUCACGUCGCUGCUUACAGCCUAAACAUGCAGGGAAGGAGAGCGGUGGGAGGAAGGAGAUAAGCCUCGGAAGGAAGAGGGGAACGGCAGAUGUCCAGGUCUGAUUAAAGGGAAAAUCUGGUGUUUCCUUUUCUUUCCGCUGGUUUGUAUGCGGUGUCAUAAAUUCACCGGUGGAAGCUGAAAGCGCUACGAGUUGUUCAGGUCCGUCGGCAGCGACACGAGCGGAGCGGUGACUGCGCUCUGUGCUCACCCUGCUGCCACAGGACAGCACAGGGAGAGAAGCCCUCACACUCAGCAGUUCUGCUUGGGUUCAGCUCUGACUGUGGUUCUCCCAGGUCUGAUCUGACUUCAGCAAGACUGCAGAAGAACGGAUCAGUUCCAUCCGAGUAUUAGGGGGAAAAAAACCAAAACACAACAUGAUCCAGUUUGGGGUCGGCUCGGUUCCUUGCUAUCUGCUCAGGUCUGAAUGCUAACCUUGGUUAAACACAUAGAUCAAAACAGUAUCCCCUGGUUUGUGUAGGUCAGUGCACCACAGUCGAUCCCACACGUCAGCAUUUAGGACGUUUGACCUCAAACCUUGCUCACCGUGCUUCUGUGGGACCCACAGGGGAAUCGCCGCCGGUCUUCAGGCCAUGCUGCCGAGGACCGCUGAGUUCAGGGCAGCAAGUCCAGCUCUAUGAGAACCAAGUCCAACUCCAUGGGAACCAAGCUACGCAGCAUCUCUUCCAACAGGGCUGUUCCCUUUUACACGUGUGCUAUUGCAGAUCAGGAUGCCAGAAUUUUACAUGCACUGUACACAUUUUAAAAAUCCCAAAUCUUUUUAGAAACUCUGCAAGAAUAGUAAGUCCAUCCAAUAAAUAAAUAAAUAAAUAAUCCAUCUCUUGAAAGGAUCCUCCCUGCUAAUUAGAGCUGAGCUCCAUCCUGCAUGGAUGUAUUUUCUUUGUUUUCUACAUACUAAUUUGUUUCUGCUGAUAACGAGAGCCAAACUGUGUUUUGAAAACUCGUGCAACCAGAUUUAAUCUAUUAGGACUAUGCUGUUUUCAAUUGUCUGUAGGACGGCAUUCCAACUUUAGGGACAAAAGAAAAGAAAUAUGAGCCUCAAGAUUUGUUUAUUAAAAACACAUCUAAUUGGUUAAAUCUCUCACAAAACCUCCAAAAUGAAGAUGGAAAAAAGAAGCAUAUAUUAUAGGGCUGCCUGUCAUUUUUAGACAGACGAGAGCAGAGAACAUUUCUGUUAAAAUAGGAGCCGGGGUGGCCCAAAUGCUGUGGCCUGAGGAGCAGAUGAGGGUCCUGCGAGUGAUCCCUUCCUUCCCACCCUCUUCCUCUGCCUCCCCUUGCUGUGCUGCCCUCGGCAAGCCUGGCUCUCAUUCACGCCAACACCUGGUGCUGCUGCAAAGGCAGGCUGGUGCCAGAGAGGCUCCGAGGGCAGUGGGCAGCCCCGACAGCACUAUUCUCUCUGCCUACGGGGAGAUUGUACCUGGUGUGGUGGGAUGGGGGCAGCCCCCAGCCUGCACGCCGGGUUAUUCUGCUGCUUCCUGAGCCCCCCUCCCACCAAACGAUAAGGGCUUGGAGUUAAGUGCACUUCAAAGAGAGCAAAGGGUAUAAAACGUAGGUGACACGUCAUCAACAUUCGGAGAAGUGUUUUAUUUAAAGGCAUGGCCAGCGUGUAGGUAAAGCCCUAUCUCAAAGCAUUAAACCUCUGGGGUUUGGGGCGACCCCGUAGCAUCCGUGCUUUUGCAUUUGUUUCAGCAAUAAAAAUAAGUAAAUAAAUAUUAGCGGUGCUGCGAGGAAUUGGUCCUCGGUGCUGUUUACUUUGGUGCUAAUGAUCUCAGCCAAAACUCGGACGUAGAACAGUGCUAAGAAAAGGAGCAGGCAUCGAAUGUGAAACUGGCACUUUCAUUCCGGAGGAAAAGAAUCUCUGCAGCGAAUUGUAAUAAAAAACCUGCACUGCAUAUUUGCAAAAUGUGACUCAAUAUUUCUCCUACGAGGAAUUUGUAGUCCAUUUUCCUUAAGCGUGUGAAUUAAUGCUUUCCUCUGUUUUGUUUUGAAGUUCAAUUUAAAGAUGCUUUCGGGAAAGAGCUGAAAUACCGAAAGCCUUGAAAUAUUCCUGACUUUUGAAACUUCUUUUUUUUUUCCCUAAUGCAAAGCAACCAUUUUACUAAUGAGAGAGUAAAGAAGUAUCACGAAUCAGCCUGAAAAUUAAAUACUGAGAAGUAAGGAAAAAGAAUAUGAGAUUCAGGUCUAAAACCCUGUCCCAGAACAAACUGCUUUUGUUUGCAAGUUCCAGAGUAGGAACUGCCUGCCUAGCACUGCACACGGAGCGCAGGGUUUAUUGGGGAGGAGAAUAACCACUGAUUUUUGUCAUCUUCGGUUCCUUUCUCGGGCUUUGAGCUGCACAAACUUGCAUGCAGUGCAUCUCUUUUUAAAGUCUCUUGCUUUCAGGUUAAGCUUUUCAGGAGCUGGUAAUGAUUCAUGGAAAGUUUUUUGCAGGUAGCCUAGCCGGAGCUGUGCUUAUACUUCUUCCAUAUGUCCUGUUCUCCAAUAAAAAAUACCCUUCGAUUCACA